AUGACAUUGAUCAUGUUUUGGGAGGCGGCGCGCAAGCGGCUUCAAGAGCAGUUCAGAGCCCAGCAAGCGGCACGAAACGCUGCCGGCAGGAAGAAGGAUUCGGGGGGUUCGAAGAAGCAUGCAGAGUCGCCGUCGAUGGCGGACAGGUGGACUCUGGAAGAAGGCCUGGUGCAGGUCGCCGACGGCGGCAACCACAACAGCGGUACCCUUGCCCUGACGCCCGGCAUCGCCGCCGCCGCUCCCGGCGCCGCGGCGGCGCCGUCGACAGUAGCGGGACCAGAAUCUCCAGGCGGCAACAACAAAGGCGAAGAACGAGACAGUGCUAAGGUGUCACAAGCAGAUGCCUUAGCUGCAGCUUCGACGGCAGUCGCAGCGACAGCGGUCGUGCCACGCGACCCGGGCGACGACCGCUGGGGCAUGAACGACGGCGCCGCGGAUCUAGCGGAGCGCGGGGUCGAGCUCGAGGGUGGAGGCGCGGGGUUGUACCUGCCGCCGCCGCCGGAUUGGCCACCUGAUGCGUCCCUCUUGCCGGAUGGGGCAAAGGGGGGACGGCGGCGCCGCAAACGGGAUCGCCAGGCCAGUGCAGAGAAAGAAGAGGUGGAGUGGCUGGAGAUGGUGUCGAAGCGUGUUCGCAGCAAGGUGGUGGGAGCGGCCCCCCCGGGAAGCUGGGGGGCAGCGAACGAGGACGACGGCAACGGUAAUGCCGUUCCCAUGGAUGUUGUCGUAGGUGGUGGGAGUCUCAACGCUGAUGGUGCGGUUCGGGUGGGUGGCAGCGAAGGCGGCGCAAAUCGUGCACCAAAUGGGGCCGGUUCUGCAACUGGUGCUGGCAGUGUUGGGGGCGGGGACGUGGAAGCGGAACUUCGACAACGAUUGCUGGCGGCGAUGAUGAGCAGGUCGAAAUCAAAAUCGAGAUCGAGGUUGAGCGGCGACGAGAACCCGAGCGUUGUCCCUGCCGGUGCCACAGCCGCCACCGCUGCUUCUGCUGAGAAGCCACGGGGGUAAAUGAACGCGCUGCAAACUGAUCGCACGCAUGGCGUAGCACAUGGGUCUGAAUGCCCUGCGGUCCAUGUGUACCUCUUUGGUUAGAAAGUUGUAGUAGCUCGGAGUGGGCAAACGCGUGUAGAAGAGCCAUUGCCUAUGCAUGUAGGAGGAAUGCUUCAUGCGUGCGGCUCAUCUGUGAUAUCUGCAUACCACGGAACAUGAUAAGUUCGGUUGCCCUCACUUUGGCCUGAUCGGGGCUCGGUUUGCAUGCCGAACUGGACGGGCAUCCUGGGAAUCAACUGCCUCGGAGCGUGGUUGCGAGAGGUGCGUCGGGGAUCACCCAGCGUGCUGUCGAGUAAGAUAAGAAUCGAAAGAAAAACAGAACCAAGUUUAUAGCGGGCCGAGCGGCGGCAUGCCCUAGCAGAUCAACUUGCCGCUUGCGUUGGUGUGUGAGAAACGAAAAAGCAUAAACACAGCAAGCCGAAGCUGUAAACCGUAGACUUCCCCUUGUCAUGGUGCCGUCGUUUGACUGUAUACAAGAUGAACUUUGGACUCGGAGCCGCCUUGUGAAUGAGCCAAUCAAUGGUGGCGGCAAUGGGGUGUCGAGGAACCAAAGACCGGUUACCAUCGCCCUGGUAGGCACGACAAGCACUAACCUUGUCAACCGCGUUGUCCAGAUGGA